AUGGACCCUAUCAUCGCGCCAUCCAUCUUGAAUUCCGAUUUUGCCAAACUAAAGACCGAGAUUGAAACUGUCGUCCCUCAGGUCCAAUGGCUUCACAUUGACAUUAUGGACGGUGAUUUUGUGCCCAACAUAUCCAUAGGACCGUGUGUGGCUCAGGCGAUCCGUAAGUCAUUCAAUGAUGUAAAGUUGGACUGUCAUUUAAUGACGAGUGAGCCAUCUAAAUGGUUGAAACCACUGUUAGGGGCAUGCAACCUGUUUACUUUUCAUUACGAAGCAGUUGGCGAAGAUGUUGGUGUUGCUAUGGAUUUGUGCCGCUCAAUCCGAGCGCUAGGAAUGAAAAGCUCAAUAAGUAUAAAACCAAAGACGCCCCUAGAAAAGAUUUAUCCUCUGUUGGACCAAGAUUUGCUCGACGGGGUUCUUAUAAUGACAGUUGAACCUGGCUUCGGAGGUCAAUCUUUCAUGCCAGAAAUGCUUGAGAAGGUCAAGCGACUGCAUCAAAAAUACCCAAACGUCACAAUUGAGGUAGAUGGCGGCAUUAACCCAAAAACAAUAAGGUCAUGCUAUGAUGCGGGCGCUAGAAUGUUCGUGGCGGGAAGCGCUAUAUUCAAACAUCCCGAUAGAACAAGCGCCAUUGAAAACCUCCUCAAACCACUCCGCCAUGAAAACUAG